AUGAUAGAAAAUGGACAUUCAUCCCAGCAAAAAGAAAUUAAGAGUAACAAAAAAGAGGACUACCUUCCUUCUGUGUCCUCCCAUGGCAGGAGUGGUUGGGUUGGGGUGGGGCAGGGGUGGGGAAAGAGACCCCUUGAAGAAGAUUAUAAAGAUGUGGAACAUCUCAAAGAAAACAUUCCUCCCCAUUUGCCUCAAGUAACAGUAAGCCAGAACUUUGUUAAUGGAUCAGAUCUUGACCCCGAAGAACCAGUCAAAGUUGAGGAACCUGCACCCAUAAAGAAGCCCCCCAAAGAACAAAAAAAUAUUAAAGAAAUGCUAUUUAUAACUUCUGAUGAGUUUAAUGGCAUUCCUGCGUACAUGAAAUGCCGCUUAACCUAUUGUCAAAUUAAUGAUGUUAUUAAGGAAAUCAACAAGGCAGUGGUUAGUAAAUAUAAGAUCCUGCAUCAACCAAAAAAGUCUAUGAGUUCUGUGGUCAGAAAUCUCUAUCACAGAUUUAUUGAUGAAGAAACGAAGGAAACCAAAGGCCAUUAUUUUGUAGUGGAAGCUGACAUAAAGGAGUUCACAGCUUUGAAAGUUGACAAGAGGUUUCAUGUGAUACUGAAUAUUUUACGACACUGCCGGAGGCUGUCAGAGGUCCGAGGGGGAGGACUUACCCGAUAUGUUAUAACAUAAGGCCCUUGUGAGCUUUUGA